AUGAAUUCAAGUCUUCGUUCAGCUGAACGAAUCUACACAACUAAAUCGGUAUCUUUUGAAGAGGACACUUGGCCGUGGUAUCAAAAAGUUGCUCAAAAAUGCCGAAAAUUGGGAAAACGAUCACGUCGUUUUUACAAAUGGUGCUGCAACAAAGUCUUGGAUUGUUUGAUUUUCAUUCUGACUGAUGGUUAGUUCAAUAAAGCGGACAAAAACACUAAAAAAUCUACAGUACUACGAAUUGUUAGUUUUUCAGAUGAGGAAGAAGUCAAAGAUUCAAGUGAGCCGGUGCUCGUUUUAGCAACUCGGCGAUCAAGCACUUCUGGAGAUGCAGGAUCAAUCAUCCGACAACACCGCGUUUCAGUUGAUGCCGAUUCAAUUGUUUCAAUAAAUGUUUAA